AUGAGACCAAUUAUAUUGAUGGGUCAUGAACGUCCCUUAACUCAAGUUAAAUACAACAAAGAAGGUGAUUUAAUCUUCUCUUGUUCCAAAGAUAACUUCGCAUCCAUUUGGUAUUCUGUAAAUGGUGAAAGAUUAGGAACUUUAAAUGGUCAUGCAGGUACCAUUUGGUCAAUAGACGUGGAUCAAUUCACUAAAUGUUGUGUCACUGGUAGUGCUGAUUAUAGUAUUAAAGUUUGGAACGUACAAGAUGGUGUGUGUGUUCAUACUUGGAAAUCCCCAGUUCCUGUAAAGAAUGUAUCAUUUUCUCCAUGUGGGAAUUAUAUUUCUGCUAUUUUGGAUAACGUUAUGAAACAUGUUGGUUCCAUUAAUGUUUAUAAAGUUGAAAGAGAUGAGGUUACUCAUGAAAUUUUGAAAUUCGGUGAAGAACCAAUCUUUGCUAUUGAUACUCAAGAUGAUUUGACUGCUGCUGUUGUGGCAGGUUGGUCUAUCGAGGGGAAAUAUAUUAUUGCUGGUCAUAAAGAAGGUGAAAUCUCUAAAUAUGAAAUUGCUGAUGAUAAAUCUAGUUUUAAAUUCGUGGAAUCCAAAAAAUUACAUAAACAGUUGAUUACAGAUAUUCAAUUUUCUGCAGAUCGUACUUAUUUCAUUACUGCAUCAAGAGAUUCUAACGCUUAUAUAGUGGACGUGGAAUCAUUUGAUGUCUUAAAGACUUAUGAAACAGAUUGUCCAUUGAAUAGUGCAUGUAUUACUCCACUAAAGGAAUUUGUUAUAUUAGGUGGUGGUCAAGCAGCAAGAGAUGUUACUACGACGAGUGCUAGUGAAGGUAAAUUUGAGGCAAGAUUCCAUCAUAAAAUUUUCGAAGAAGAAAUUGGUAGAGUAAAAGGUCAUUUCGGUCCAUUAAAUUGUGUUGCAGUAAGUCCUCAAGGUACUUCAUAUAUAUCUGGUGGGGAAGAAGGUUUAGUUCGUGUACAUCAUUUUGAAAAAUCAUAUUUCGAUUUCAAAUAUGACGUUGAAAAGGCUGCUGAAGCUAAAGAACACAUGCUUGAAGUAAACUAG